CCCCGCCUCCCGCGGACUUCCCGGCCGUGGCAGGGCGCUGUGGCCGGCGGCGGCGGCUCCCAGCCCGCCCCUUGCCCCCCGUGCGGCUCUGGCUCGCACGCCUCCCACCGCCGGCUCUCCCCGCUCGGUCGCGGCUGGCCGGGUGAUUCACCCGCUCCUGGGCUUUGUUCGCCUCCGCGGGCCGCUUCAGCCGCCGGGCGAGGGCAGGGGUUCGGGCAGGACUCGGGCAGGCUCCCCCCGCUGACCCCCCGGCCAAGCCGAUGUCCGCCGCGCCCGUCCGAUCCCCGACGCUGCGGCCCCACAGGAUGAAGAAAGACGAGUCGUUCCUGGGCAAGCUAGGCGGGACGCUGGCGAGGAAGAAGAAAGCCAAGGAGGUGAGUGACCUCCAAGAAGAAGGUAAAAAUGCUAUCAAUGCACCAAUGAACCCAAGCACCGUGGACAUCCAUCCAGAAGACACGUUAUUAGAGGAGAACGAAGAACGCACGAUGAUUGAUCCAAACUCAAAAGAAGACCCCAAAUUCAAAGAACUGAUCAAGGUUCUAAUUGACUGGAUUAAUGAUGUGCUGGUGGAGGAGAGAAUCAUUGUCAAACAGCUUGAAGAGGACCUUUAUGAUGGGCAGGUGCUGCAAAAGCUGCUAGAAAAAUUGGCUGACCGUAAACUGAACGUGGCAGAAGUGACGCAAUCUGAAAUUGGUCAGAAACAAAAGUUGCAGACAGUACUGGAAGCUGUCCAUGAUUUACUCCGACCCCAUGGCUGGACAAUCAAGUGGAACGUUGACUCAAUCCAUGGCAAGAAUCUGAUUUCCAUUCUUCACCUUCUGGUAGCUUUGGCAAUGCAUUUCCGAGCUCCCAUUCGACUGCCUGAACAUGUGUCUGUACAAGUGGUAGUUGUACGGAAACGUGAAGGCCUCCUUCAGACCACUCAUGUUACAGAGGAGCUGACAACUACAACAGAGAUGAUGAUGGGAAGAUUUGAGCGUGAUGCCUUUGACACACUUUUUGAUCAUGCACCAGACAAACUCAGCGUAGUCAAAAAGUCUCUGAUCACCUUUGUGAAUAAACACUUGAAUAAACUGAAUUUGGAAGUAACGGAGUUGGAAACCCAGUUUGCAGAUGGUGUUUACUUGGUUUUACUCAUGGGUCUCCUUGAAGACUAUUUUGUUCCACUUCAUAACUUCUACUUAACACCUGAAAGUUUUGAUCAAAAGGUCCAUAAUGUUUCCUUUGCUUUUGAGCUGAUGCAGGAUGGAGGACUGAAGAAACCAAAAGCUCGCCCUGAAGAUGUUGUCAACUUGGAUCUGAAGUCUACCCUCAGGGUUCUAUACAACCUGUUCACAAAGUACAAGAACGUUGAAUGAUCCUGGAAGCUGCUGAGGUCUUCAUCCUUCCAACCUCCUUAGGCAGAAAUUAUAAUAAAUUCACCCUCUGCACGCUCCCGUUGUGCCUUAUGCUAUAUUUCAUGCAUUCUUUCUACGGCUGAUGUGGUCUGUCUGUAGCUGUUUAUUUGACAAUCUCACUUAAAAUAAUGCAUGCAUAUUCUCUAGGUCACUUGAAAAAUGUGUAAUAUUUCACACUUUUACCAGAAGAUACUGUUAGGUCUGUUGUUUGUUACGAUCAACAAAUAUUCUUUUUGAUAAAGGAAAUAUACCACUAACUAUUUUAUUAAGCAGGGAAAACAUGAGACCUUUCUCAUGGCUGGACACUCUUUGAUUCUAUGAUAGACUUUCUUUUGCAUACUCCUUGGCUGCAACUGGCGUUUGGUUUUCCAGGCUUAAGUGUUAGCAAUAGAAAAUCAGCAUUGGAAUUUAUUUAGAAGAUGAGCCUUUUCUGUUAAACAAGGUUUUAUGUGUUCUGUUGGGUGGGUGGGGCUGAGGGGAAUUACAGGCACUAUCUGAAGCUAAUGUCAAAAGCUGCAGGUUUUGUGUUAACCUCAUGCUAUUCAGUGUUAUUUCCAUUCAGUGUUUGUUUACAUAGAAUAAGUCUUGCAAUGGGAUGUCCAGCUAAUCUUUUGUUGUCUGUUUUUUAUUUCAUCUCCUUUCUAGGAGAAAUUUGGUAGCUAGAGCCACUGUCAUCCAUUAAGCAUGCAGCCUCAGUCACGUCAGUCAGGAGCUGGUCAGGUAGGCACAGGCUGGAUUAAUGCAUUUUGCCCCCGGUCCUUUCUGAAACAAACAUGGGCAAUAAUGAACUUGCCAGUUUAAAGGCUGACUCUUCAUUUCCCAUAGCUGAGUUAAAGGGUCAGAUUCAUUCCUGUUGUAGUUAUUGGCAGCUAUACAGUUCUGGAGGUCAGGCUUUUAUAAAUGGGGGAUUAUAUAUUUUCUUUCCUAAAGGAUAAACCUGAAUUCCUGUAUAAAUAAGAGCUUGUCUGUACUUAUGGAUUGCACUGGGCUAUGCAAUAUGUGGUACACAUAGUGCAAAUCAAUGGUAGGCAUUCAAAACGUGAAGCUCUUCAGCGAUCAGUUAUGCUUCAAACUAAUUUCAUCGGAUUGCGCUGUGCCAUCCCAAGAAAUACUCUCUAGGCUCUGGCCUAGUCCUGUAAUCUUUUAAACUGUUAGGGAUUUUAGUGGGAAUCUGUUUUUAAAAAUGGAUUUCUAGAUUUAUCCAGUAGGCUCUGGUUACCUCAUAGUGCUUAGCAGGUUUCAUUUGUAGAGCUGUUCCUGGCUGGUGAGGUGGUAGGUGCUGCUGUGUGAAUGAAAGGCUGUGCUGGAACAUGAGCUCUACGAGUAGAUUUUUGAGGAGAGCUUUGUGAAGGGAAUUGGACUGUAAUUUCCAGGGUAAAUUAUUUGUGGAAUAUGGAUAUAAUAGCACGCUUUUCCCUGGAGUGCACAGGGGAGAGAUUUUACUGCUGCUUUUAUGUAUCGCAGCAGCAACUUUUCUUUUAUGGGCGGCCAUGAUUUUGUGUGAAACAUUAGUCAGAGUGCUCCAGAGAGGAAGCAGGUAGUAUUGCUGUGCUCAAUGGGCUCACCUGAGUCCUGUUCAAAGUAGGCAUCUUCUUUCCCUAAAAAUGGAUUUCUUACUUUAUUUACCCUGUGAGUUCAUAAGGGAACCUGCUAUUUGAAUGGUAUAAUUUUACAAUUUACAAUUAAAUAUUUUUUAAUCUCAAAGGGAUAGAAAUGGGCUUCUGCUUCUUGGUUUUGUAUUUUGGGCUUCUGAGUUCUAGUAUUUGAAUUAUUUGGGUCACCUCCCCUCACACCUCCAAAACAAAGAAGGAAUUUGCCCUUUCUUUCCAUGGAAAAUUCAGAUCUCAUCUGCUCUACAAGGUUCUGUGGGGAAUCAUUGCUUGCCUGCCCUUUAUAAGGGAGCUGACCUCUUGCUGUUCAUGCAGAGCCUAGAACAAUUGGACUUGAAUCUCAGAUGGGGCCAUGACGCUAGGAGUUAUUGCAGAGGAGACUUGUAGAGCACUAAGGCCUGGUGGGUCAGCUCUCCUGGCAAGUUAAUGAAAUCGGUCUAACACUUGUGCUGUGAACUGGGGUAUCGUCAGGCUGGAAGGUGAUUGAACUGAAAGGUAUCUUAAACUUCUAGUUUAAUGCAGUCUUAUUUAUUGGAAAUCAGUCUGUUAAAGACCUGUCAUUCCACCCACCUCCCUUCAGGUGACAUGGAAGUGCCAAUACUGUUUAUAUUCUCUGAGUUGCUGAGAAAGACCUUCAGAGAAUCUAUCAAAAUUGGAAGCAAUAUUAAUAUGAAAAGCAAACAGAAAAUAAAAACAAGAAGAGACUGGUAAGAGCAGUUUGGCUUUGGGAGGGGGAAUGGCUGUUUGUGAGGUGGGAUUAUACAGCUGGCAUCUUCAUUGCAUCUGAGCAGAUGUGAACGUACCACCAAAUUUUAAGAGUCUCUGUUUUGUUCAAUAUGUGUUUCUGGCCACUCUGCAGAAACCAGAGUCCCUCCUCUACAACCUGAGGCAUGGAUCCAUUUUUGCAUUCCUUACAUUAAUAUCACUGUCAAUCAAGACUGCAGGCUUGAUGCCCUGGACAGGUUGGGGGCAGGUGUCAUACCCUGUUUUGUUUUUAAGUCUGUUGGCAAAUGUUGUACAGGAAAAAUGUUUUUUCAUUCCUUGGCUCCUUGCUGUCUAGCCAGUUCAUUCUUCCUGUAGAUGCUGUAUGUAUUGUUAGCUGGAUUGCUGGCAGGAUGGAUUUAACUGAACUGGAGCUUCAUCCCAGUCAAUCCAGUUUCUAGGAAGAGCAGUGUAGGUAAAGCUUCUCUAAACACCUGCUUUUGUCAUGCUUUUCUGUUACAAAUGCAUGAUAUUUACUACUUCUCCUCUCAAAAAGAUGAGUCAACAUUUAAAAUACUAUUAAUGAACUCAUUGUUACUGGGGUUUUAGAUAUGUUCCCUGUGUGCCAAUGGGGUAGAUCUAAAUCCUGUUGAGUUCAUCUGGAAUGCUGAACGCUCUGCAGCAUUAAAGCUUCCCCAUUUGCAAGUACUUAAUGAAUGUCUGUCUUUUCCAGUCCAUACAACUGCCUUUUAGGUGCAUUUACUUGACAUACUCGGGUCCAGUGAGUUAUAUUACCACAGAAGCCCAGAUACUCCUCAGCUGCAUCCUGUUUUUCAAGAUGAAAAAACAACAGUGGCAGAUAUUUUUUUUUAAUCAGUUUAAACCUUACAGGAUUUUCCAACCCUCUUCCCCACACCUCAGUGCUUUCAGUAUUAAUGUACUUUUUAAGAAUCUUUUCUACUGUUUUUAACAGUGUUUACUCUGGAUUUCUAACUACUAAAAACCAGCUUUGCAGGUAAAAUUCUGGACUUGUCACAUGUGCAGACAUCCAGCUGUGACAAGAGUUGUGUACUGUAAGCAAGUUACAAUGCAAUGCUAUGUUUGCUAAAAAUCACAGCAGGAGUGUUAUGCAUGCUUUGUAACAGUUGUACUAUUUAUUCAAAUAAAUAAAUAAUGACAA